AUAGAUACAAGCCUCCAUUCUUUGGCUCGCAAACCCUGCAAAAAACCCUCUGUGCUUAUCGCUGUCCUCUGAUUUUAAGAUUCCAAUGGAAUCUCUUUCAAGUUCAAUGUUGAUCUCAAGAUUCCCAGAAACACACCCAACCAUCAGCACCCCAUCUUCUUCCUCUCCUUCUCCUUCUUCUUUUUCACUAACCAAGGUAUUAAAUAAGCAAGCUGGGUAUCUGAAAUUUGCCGAUACUGCUCGUUUUCCCAGCCUUCGCAUUCGUGCUGUUGCUCAUGAGGUAUCAGGAGGGGAAGAGGAAGAUCAGAGACCCCUAAAUAAUGGGUUUGGCUUUGUUUCUGAUGAUACCCUUUCUUUGUCUCAGGAUGAUUUAAGGCACAAUAAAAGCAGUGAAAAGAAUGUAGCGAAAAUAAUAAAGGUGGAGACACCCUUGGAGGUUCCACAUGGAAGUGGAACUGGUGGAGGAACCAGAGCUGGGCUUUUUAGAACUCCAAUUUCUGGUGGUGUGCAGAGUGCAACCUCAGCUCAUGGCUUACCUCGACCAGCAUUGGCAGUCCGCAAUUUGAUGGAGCAGGCUAGAUUUGCUCAUCUAUGCACUGUAAUGUCUCGAAUGCAUCACCGAAGAGAAGGAUAUCCCUUUGGCUCCCUGGUUGACUUUGCACCAGAUUCAAUGGGACAUCCCAUAUUUUCAUUUUCUCCAUUGGCCAUUCACACUCGAAAUUUGUUAGCUGACCCUAGAUGCACACUUGUUGUGCAGAUACCUGGAUGGAGUGGCUUGUCAAAUGCAAGAGUAACAAUCUUUGGCGAUGUCUUCCCGCUUCCAGAACACCAACAGGAGUGGGCUCAUAAGCAGUAUAUUGCAAAACAUCAACAAGGUCCAUCUCAGCAGUGGGGGAAUUUCUACUACUUCAGGAUGCAGAACAUAAGUGACAUAUACUUCAUUGGAGGAUUUGGCACUGUUGCUUGGGUUGAUGUUAAGGAAUAUGAGGCCCUUCAGCCUGAUAAAAUUGCAGUUGAUGGAGGGGAGCAAAAUCUCAAGGAGCUCAAUGCAAUCUUCUCGAAGCCCCUUAAGGAGCUCAUGUGCACUGAAACAGAAGUGGAUGAUGCUGCUCUGAUAUCAAUAGACAGCAAAGGAAUUGAUAUCCGAGUCCGUCAAGGUGCACAGUUCAAUAUACAACGAUUAUCGUUUGACGAAGGACAUGCAGUUGAAACAUUAGAGGAAGCUAAGAAUGCUCUAUGGAAACUAAUAAAUAAAGGCCAAGUACACAAUUUGCAGAAAUGAAAAUUUGGUGGCGCAUUGUGUUUCUCGAGUAUGCUUCCCCCCUGUUUUCUUUUUUAAUCAGCAAGAUGAAGUUAAGGAGUUUUAUCCCCCAAAUGUAAGAAUUUUCUUUUCUUUUGAAGUUUUAGGCUAUUUUGAGGAGCACAGGUUGCAUAGGACAAAUAUAUAUGUGUGUAUGGGUGCUUAUGGUCAUGCAAACUUUAGUAUGAUUCACCGACCAUCUCGAAGCAAGCAUGGAAUAUGUCUAGUGAUUUUAUAUAAGGUCAUGGUGUAUCAUGGGGGAGAAAGGAAAAUUUGAGGUUAAAACCAAGAACUUUGGGGUUCAUAAGCAGGAGACGCCUCUUGCUGAUAGAAUGUAUUAUUGGAUUUUAGUUGGGUAAUUUAUAGUAGUAUAAUUACUCA